CGUCUGCUUCACGCCGUGUGCGUUUAGGAAUCGCUACGAACAAUAAACCCUUUACUGUUUAUUUUAUGGUUGAUAUACAGUUAACAUCUCACGCAAUAUAUUAUCAGUGGCGGAAACCAGGAAGCUAAGCCUAAGAACAUAUGCACUGUAAAAUGCCUUGUUCUCCCAAGUCUGCCACAAAACACUUCGUUUUUCCCAUAUUAGUUUCCUUCGAGCAUUUCCACGAAGCUUUGACAUCUCUUUUAGUCGGACGGUGAAGAACCAAUGUUACAUGAUUGAAGUCGGUCCACGUCUGGAGGUCAAUACAGCCGCGACUGUAACACCUCGAGACACUGUCCGUGGACGCGGCGAUGGAAGGGCAGGCUACGGCAGAUUUUGUUGCCGUCGAUGCCGAAAGCGGCGGAUACUGCACCGCGGAAAGCAGUUCUGGCAACGUGGCACUCCUCGUGUCCGGCGAUCAAACCAGUGGCACACCAGUGACAACACUUCAGGAGACCAUUCCAGCAACGCAGUUUUUCAUAGAACAACUCGCAGGUGGUCAGGCGAGGUUGCAGACAGCGGAUGGCCAGAUGAUAGAGAUUGAUGUGGAUCCUUCCGUGGUGGGACUCAUGGAGGGAGGUUCGGAGAGCGGGGUGCCCGUCCUGCUCCGCGUUGCGGAAGACGGAACGCUCCUGCCGGACAUGUCGAUGGUGCCGACAAUGCAGCAGGUCUCGGAGCAUGGAUCGCAGCAGCAGCAGCAUGGCUCUGGGAGUGGCAUGCAGGAAGGAGCCGAGAAUGGCGUAGCGUUUCCCCCAGGAAUGUACAUCGAAGUGCACAAGGAGUCGGAUGAUGCCACGUCGGGGGGCACCGCUGGGGCUUCCGGGGAGGGCACUGCCCUCGCCAUCGUCACCCCUGAGGGGGAAGAGUCGGACACCGAGGACCCCUCAACGCAGUCCGACCCUUCGUCCGCGGAAGUGGGCGUGGACCGCCUGGAAGACUUCAUGGACGUCGUGACGACAUACCGCUGCAAGUUCUGCCGUUUCUCGUGCGCCUGGAAGUCCGGGCUCAUGUCACACUUCCGAAGCUGCCACGUUGCAUCCGCUAAGGGCCCCAACGGCAAAGCAGUCCCCGUCUUAUCAGCGAGACCACUUCAGCAGAGUAGAGCAUCUUCAGCAACACCAAAGAGGCCAUCACAGACCGAGCAGAUAACACCCGACCUGCCACCGCAGUCGGCACCAGCGGAGACAAAUGUGUGUGUGGCGGACAAGUUGGGCCAAGUGCUGCAGACAAUUCAGGAGGACCUCGUGGACGAACCUGAAGCAGUGAGCACGGCCACGGAGGAAGACGCCCAGGAGAGGCACAUCUUCAUCUGCGGACAGUGCAGCCAGGGUUUCAGCUCCCUCGAUGACUGCAAGGAGCAUAUGGUGCAGGCCCACGAAUUGAGGGCAGACAACGACGAGAGCAGCACUGCCACUCAGACCAAGAAGCCCCCCGCACGCAAGAGGGGCCGUCCCAGCAACCCAUCUUCAAAGAAGAGAGGGAAGGCCGCUCAGCAGCAGGAGACUGCAGCCAGUCGUCUAGCUGCUAUACAGGCUGGAUUCAAGGAACUUGAGAAGGAUGAAGACACCGAUGAUGCUGUGCCAGAGGAAGAUGGCAGUUCAAGACACAAGGACCUCAAGGACAUGGACGAUGACUUUCUCGUGCAACCCAUGCGUAAGAAACGUGCCAAGAGGGAAGGGGCCAACGAGAGGUUGUUCAAGUGCUCUCAAAAACGUGGCGAGCGCAGCUGCGGCUACCGUUUCCGAACGGAAGAGAAGUUGGAGUACCACAUCCGCUGCCACGCCCCUCCUCCCACCAGUGCGAUUGGUGACAACCGCCCCUUCUGCUGCGUAGAGUGUGGGGAACGCUUCGACCACUGGAGGGGCCUCGCCAUGCACCUGUGGAGGCUGCACGAGUUUGACCUGGACCUUCACUCCUGCACCCACUGUCCUUACAAGACGUUCAGCCUCUUCAAGCUGGACAAUCACAUGCGCAUUCACAGCGCGGAGCGUGACUUUACGUGCGCCCAGUGUGGCAAGGGUUUCAAGCAGCUCUCUCAGCUGCGCAACCACCAUGUGGUGCACCUGGACCGGAAGAACAUGACGCACAAGCGCUGGUACAGUGAGCAGACGUGCGACCUGUGCCAGAGGACGUUCUCAGACUCCAAGUGCCUACGCAAGCACCAGCAGGCUGUACAUAACAAGGUAAAGCCAUACGUAUGCACUGUGUGCGGCCACAUGAGCGCUCGCAAGGCCAUGCUCCAGCUGCACCUGCGACAACACACGGGGGAGAAGCCCUUUGCCUGCAACGUCUGUGACUACCGCACGGGCGACCACAACUCCCUCAGGCGUCACAAGAUGCGCCACUCGGGCACGAAACCCUACAAGUGUCCGCACUGCCCGUAUGCCUGCAUACAGGCCAUUUCGUACAAAACCCAUAUGAAGAACAAGCACCCUGGCCUGGAAGGGCUGUAUGCCUGUUCUCUUUGCAACUUCCGUUCCGUGAGCAAGGAGAACUUUGUCAACCACAUGUCGGAUCACAAGAACGGAAUCUUGGCCCCCACCACUACUACGGCAGAUGGACAGGUCGCAGCUGAGGGUUCACUGCAGCAGCAGUUGGAAGGCCUGUUGCCAGGCAACCUGAGCGCUGCACAACUCAUCUACAGCUGCCUCAGCGCACUGCAACAGCAGCAAGAAGGUGGAAGCGCGGUCACACAACUGCCACCAGGUGUCACCAGUUACUCGGCCGGAGAUGGAACGCACACCAUCACCAUACAGGUUCCACCGUCGGACUUGGAUCCGUCACUCUUGCCCGAACAAGACCAGUUUUUCCUGACAGUCCAACAGCAGGAGGACGGCGCGCUGUCCUACAUAGGCACCGUCGCAGACGGCGCAUCUGCGACGGACAGCUACGUCACGGAGCCAGAUGCACUGACCGGUUCCGCCGGAGUGUCCAUCCUCAAGGUCAACUCGGCACAGGAGAGAUAGGGACAACUCUCGUCAUAUAGUUUGAAAAAUUGCUGUAGAUAAGAUAUAUGUCAGUUAGGGAAUUUGAUCCCGCAGAGGCUGACAGUGCCAGGUCUUUCAGUGGGAGGGAGUGGGAUUGGACCACUUUACCUAUGAUCAUGUAGGAGGUGUAUGCGAGCGUGUUUUUGAUUGAACAGAGAUUGAACAGUUAGAUAAGCGAGAAGGAGGACACGAAAGGUGAUGAUGCGUUAUUGUGUUUUGGGGAAGUUUUGGGAUAAAGGUGCUGCGUGACGAAUGGGCCUCGGUUGGGCUGGCAACCAGCUCAACAGCAGAUGGAUCUGCAGUACAAGGGUUGACUGUUGUGGGUAACAACUUUGUGGGGAAGGCAGGAAAGCUAGGGAGCGUCUGCAUAGGGAUAGUGAGGGAAAUUGGGAAAGGAUGCACGUGGGACAUCCCUUUCUCACAGGAGGCUUUGGGAAGGGGGAAUGCCUUUCACUUGAGCCGGUUUGUGAGCACUCUGCAAUAGCUUAUGAAGGGAGGAAAUGGGGAAAUGUGCAUCUGCACACACACAGGGGUAGCGUGAGAAAAGUCUGUGUGUGCAAAGUGUGCGAACAGGUAUGAGAUGGGGACAUAUCAACGUGUAGAUUUCUGCUCAGCGCGUGCAAAGGGGAUGUGUCAUUCUCAUUUGUUGAUUAUGAGAAACUGAUACCGUCACAGAAUGGGUGCUACUUCAAAGCAAGGAUAGGUUAAGGAUAAGGGAGUUGCGGAAUUACUUCAAUAAGGGAAGUUGCCGACCGUGUUGUUGAUAGCUCUGUCAUGAUUGGUUCUUUUUUUCAUUUUCGCUCUUCACUUGUUAAACGACAAGCAACGUGCACAACUUAAUGUUUGUCAUCCCUGUCUGGUAUGAACUUGCGGUAAGGGACACUGCUUCAGAACACUAUAUUAUACGUGUGUUGUAUCGUUCCUACGAAUUUACACAACUGAUAGUGGAAUAAAAAAAAUGAAAGAAACGUUGACCCUCA